AUGUUACCCUUAGGUCCCUCGCAGCCGCAGCCCGCUUCGUCGCCCGAAUUCUUCUGCCCCUCGGCCGUCCGCCCCGCGCCCCUCGGCUCCGAAGCCACGGACGUCGGCCUCGUCGGGGGUCUCCCGGACGGCGUGUCGUCGGGGGCCUACGCCCAGUGUCCGCCCCCCUACGUGCCCUCCGAUGUCGACGCCUACCCGUACAAGUACGGGAAUCCCACCGACGGACCCGACGAUGUCCAAAACUACAAUCUCUACGGCUCCUCGCGACAGUUCUCGGUUCCGGCGCCGGAGAUGCUCUACCGCCCGUUCGCCCCCGCGGGCCCGACGCCGUCGGUCGACGCGACCUUCGACCUGAGCUCCGACGUGGCGCGGAUGCACGUGGGCGGCGAGUACGCGCAGACGUACUUCAGCGUGCAGUACCCGGCCAGCAGCUGCGACGUCGCCACGUACAGUCGGGCGCCGCAGGAUAUCCACACGAGCAGCACGGCGCACGCGCCUCACGCUCUCAACUACCCCUACGCGCGGAUCGAGCGAGCCGACCCCUUCGCCGACUCCCGAGCUCCGCCGACCUCGUCGAGCGCGUACUCGACCGUGUCGGACCCGGUCCCUCUCGCGUUCCAGUCCUACGCCGCCCCUCCCGAGACGGGGGCGAACGUUCUGUACUACGACUCCAACUCUUUCACCGCCGGCGAUCAGACGCCCCGCUGGGCCGACGGCUCCGAUCCCAAUCUGAACGUGAAUCUUAGCGUUUCGAGCGGAUUCGCUCCGGGCGCCUACGGCUCCGAGGUGCGGACGCCGGGCCCCUACGACGUUCCAACCUCCGGGGUCGACCCCGCUCUGGCUCGGUUCGACGAACUAGACAGACCUAUAAGAUCCCACGCCAAGGGGGAGGCCCUGUCCGCCGGGCCGAUGCCGAGUUACGUGACGCUCGACUACGUUCCGGAUCCGGUUUCCCAAACUCCGAACGCGGCGGCGGGCCAGGGGUACGGGGCGCAGUACGGGUACGGGGCGCAGAGCUACCAGAACCAUCCCGGGUACACGUACAACGUCGCCACCGGAAACUACGACUACAGCUACGGCUCCCAGAACUCCUAUUUCGCCUACGAGCGACCGGCCGACCUCGAACCCCAGAGAGACGCGGCGAACGCGAGUCGGGAGAUCGGCGGCGUGUACACCAGCGCCGGACACUACGACACGGUGCAGUCCCCGGCCGAAACCCCGCAGGAGACCGCGCCGGACCCGGGACGCCACUUCUGCGGCCCGGCUCCGUCUGUCGACGCCCAGGUCGCGCCCGCUCCGCAAGCGGCGGCUGGCGAGAUCGCGAGCGAGCCGCUCCCUCCCUCCGCCCCCGCGGAGGGGGGGGAACCGACCGCCUUCGAUCUGCUCUCCGACAUAGAUUUCAGCGUCGACCGAAAACCGUUGACUCCCGAAAUAAACGUCCCCCGGAUCCCGGAGAGCGCCCGGAUCCUCAAGCCUGCGAUCGCUCCGAGGGUCGCUCCGAGUCCCGCGCCGGAGGAGGAGGAGCCGACGGUGCGACCCGCCGAAGGGAAUCUCUUCUCGGACCCCGGCUCCGUCAACCGGUUCACCCAGGAGGUUAAACAUUUACAAAAUCUGGUCGAUUCCCUGUCGAACGGGAGCCCUGGCGGCGACGGGUCGACGUCGCUCGACGCCGACUGGAGACGAGUGCUGGACGUUUGCGAGGCGCAAAAACGAGAAGACGCGAAGAGGUCGAAGGGCACAGCCACGGAUAGAUCGCCCGACUCGAGAUUGACGCUCAGAUCCGAUCUCGACGCCCGCUAUUAUGAGCAACUGGCGCCUCAUGCGAUCCCUCUUGUGAUAUGUAAACGUCCCGACGACGCGAACGUCGAAACGUUCUGGAAAGCGAUGUUUGAGAAAAAGAUCGGUUGCGUCGUCUGCUGCCAGACGGAGACGGAGACCGAGGUACGUCCGUCUUUCCGACGCGAAGAGGUCGCUCUCUGUCGUUCUUUUCUCAACUUCGCCUUUCACGAGCAGACGCAGAGCGCGAUCUACCUCACGUCCGCCGGCGACGUCACGGUGACGCCGGAACCUCCGCGUUCGACCGCGCAUUGGAGCGAGCGCCGUCUGCGCCUGCGCGUCUCGCCCCACGCCCGCGAGCACGCGCUCACGUUCCUCCGGCCGCACGCGGCGCCCGCCGGAACGUCGGACUCGUCGCGGGUGGCCCUGUGCGAUGCGGCACUGCGAGCGAGCGGCCGGGGCGGGGUGUGCCUCCUCUGCGACGGCGGAGGCCGAGGCGCUUCGACGGCGCUGCUGUUGGCCGUCGUGUGCCAAGUGCGCGCCGGACGCGUGGACCUCGCCGGUGAGUGCAGACUGGCUGUUCGCGGUCGACUUCACCCGUCGCGUUCCGAUAAAGCCAUCAAAAUGUGGGAAAUUAUUGUAUAUUCGCGGGAUAGUUAA